AAAAGGUUACAUUUGUGGAGCCAUUGGACGUGACUGGAAGUUCUAUAUUAGCGAUGGGAAGAAAGACAAUGGAAGAAGAAGAAGCUUUGAAUGACUUUGCUCUAAAGUUGGUUAUGAAAAUCAUGGAUUCUGUAACCUCACAUUUCACAGCAAUGAGAACACACGUUGGAUCCCUACAAAGACUCACACAUGGGGAAUUCACGCAAGAAACUGGCCUUAAUCAUAUUAAUGAGUUGUUGAAGAUGUGGAAUCACAACUCAGACUGUGUCCAUUAUACAGAAUUCCAGGGGAUAAAAGACUUGGGUGACACCUUUCUCUAUCUUUACUGCGCAUACUGGAGCAUGCCGACUGCUCAGAUACCUGUACCCAAAGUAGAAACCUCAGUGGACUUCACCAUCAAGUUCAACAAAAGCAAACCUCCGGAAGCACCCGUUGAUAUAUAUUAUAAAAUGGACCACCAGUCACUAAUUCAAAAGUAA